AGGCGAUUAUGAAGGCUCACGGGAAGAUGUUGGUGAAUGAAGCGCCAGACCAGACAACUGAACUGUUAAAGACGCUUUGUACGGACUACCGGCCAGUCAACAUGCCCCUGGUUGAUGAUAACACGUUGGAUGGAUCUGCACCACGCAGUGUUCUGCAAGCCAAGCCAGACGAGUUCAUUCACAUUUUUGUCAACAAUUCUGCAAAGCUUAGAGAGUUUCUCGAACACAUGAUAAAGGUGCAGCCUGGUAGUUCUAGCUUGGUGUACAACACCCUAAUUGAACUCUAUCUGCAUGAUGUCGUGCAUGAGGCCUCCGCGUCGCAGCGCAAAGUAAAGGAAGAGAAAAUCCUUGGAAUGCUUCAGAACCCAGCGGCUGGUUAUGACAUAGACCAAGCACUCGUACUGUGUCAGAUGCACAAUUUCAGACUUGGAGUUCUCUACCUGUAUGAAAAGUCUAAACUGUACCAGCAAAUUCUCAGUCACCACAUGGAACACAAGGAAUACACGAACAUUGUAGAUACAUGCAAAAAGUUUGGGACUGAGGAACCAAACCUGUGGGUGCAGGCACUCUGGUAUUUUGCUAAGACAGAGGAUUGCUACAAGACCUAUCUUACUGAAGUGUUGACUCAGAUUGAUAAGAAGAAUUUGUUACCACCACUAAUGGUGGUCGAAACACUGGGCCAGAAUUCAACUGCUACGCUAGCAGUCAUAAAGGAUUACAUCAUGAAGCGACUAAAAUUGGAAAAUGAUGAAAUAGCUGAGAACGAGAGAUUAAUUAAGCAGUUCAAGGAGGAGACAGUGAAGAUGAGGGGACAGAUAGAGGAGUUGAAAACAAGUGCUCAGAUCUUCCAAGUAUCAAAGUGCAGUGCCUGCAACCACCCGUUGGAGCUACCCUCAGUGCACUUUCUCUGUCAGCACUCGUACCACCAGCACUGCUUUGAGAGCUACGCUGACAACGAGCAGGAGUGUCCAGCUUGCCUGCCUCAAAACAAGAGAGUCCUAGACAGGAUUAAGGAGCAAGAACAAAGCCGAAACCUUCACGACCAAUUCCAUUCACAGCUGCAGAACGCUCAAGAUGGCUUCGCCGUCGUAGCCGACUACUUCAGGCGGGGUGUGUUUAACAACGCCACACUGGUCCCAGACCCCCAGCACCAGACAAAGCCCCCGUCCGGCUUGUCACGCGCGAGGGACACGUUGGACAGGAAGUAGGAGCGAAAGGGCAGACGUGUAAUCAUGCGCAGAAAUAGCGAAAUCGAUCCAGUUGCCAUUGUCGUCGAAAUCGUGAAGAAUUACGUACGUGUUAAUAAACUCUUGUGUGUAAAAAAUUUAUUUCGAUAAUAAAUAAGAGCAGUACGCAAGACCAGAUGAACUCAUUUUCAAAUACUGUACAUAAUACUGUAUAAAUAUGUGUGGAUGUAUAUGAUUGUAACAUGAGAAAUUGAUUGUUCUCAUGUUGUUACUGCACUUCUACUGUUUGUUGUGCUUAUCAUUAAACUAUUAUAUACUGAUAAUUAGAAAAGGACAUUUCAGAUAUGCCUACAUAUAUAAUUCUGGACGAUGGAGAGAGAUUGUUCAGUUAUAUUAACAUACACAAACGAAUGCCACCAGGGGCAGAGCGUGGGCAACUUUUUCUUCAAUGCAGCCACAGACGUGCGAUGCAAAAAUUAUGCAAAAUAUUUCAUGUCCAAUUUAGCACUUGUGGCGAUUGUCAACAGGGUUGUCCAGCCUUGCUGUAGAAUGUAGAUGGUGGAAUGCUCUUGGGUUGUUGUGGAAGGUCAAAGCUUCCGUAGGUUGCUUUAUGUCCGUACUACUUUGCUGUCACGUUGUUCUAUCUCCUGUAUUAAAGAUCAAAGAUGUGCUGUGAUAAAAUGCUGUAACAAUUUUUUAUGUUAAAUUAAAAAACACCGAGUACAAAAUGUAGAAUCACCAAUGCAAAUUGGGUUUAGGGAUCCAAUGCAGAUUUUGAGAAGAAAGAAAAUAUAAAUGAGAAAAGUGAAUGUAUCAUUAAAAAGCAUUAUCCAAACA